CGAAGAACACAACGGCGGGCGACGCGCGGACCGACCAGCCGAUUCAUGCGUUGCGACGCUUAUAUUUAGAAGUACGCCCUCCGGAGCUUACACACACACGCGCACGCACGCACGCCAAGAGUACGCGCGCGCGCGCCAAGGGGAGUUUUGCCGGCGGGACUCGCACCAGCGGGAAGACGUGGGCGGCCCGCUGACCCAGACGCACUGAACCGGCGAGCGAGCGCGCUGGAGCGGCUCUGGUUGCGCCGUGUUCGUGCGCUCCUUCGGGACGGUAAACGCUGCAAGCUCCACAGGUGCACCAUGAGGACUACAGUGCUGGCGGUCACGGUAUUUGUGACUAUCGCUGCAGUGUCCGCAUCUAGGUCGGCGCGGCAGACGCACUACCAGCCCAGCGGUGGUGCGGCAAGCCGGGGAUCGGCUGCCGGCGGCUACGACGCCUACCAGCCCCAGCAGGCGCAAGCGCAGUCCUUCAGGCCACAGGUGCAGGCGGCGCCGCAGCAGUCUUACGACCAGUCCGCCUAUCAGGGACAGCCAGCUCCGCGGGGAAGGGCCACGGUGCAGUCCUUCGGCGGCGGACUCGCCAGGCCCACGCAGCAGUCCCAGUCGCAGGGAGGACAACAGUCCCAGAGCGAGGAGGAGGAGGAGGAGAAGCCCAACCCGCUGACGCUUCUGCUGGAGAAGUCGACGUUCACCUGCUCGAGCAAGACGGACGGCUACUACGCGGACAACUCGGUGAACUGCCAGGUGUUCCACUACUGCGUCGCCGGUGCCAAGCACUCGUGGAUGUGCCCCGAAGGAACAGUGUUCCACCAGGUGCACCUGAACUGCGUGCCCGCCAGCCAGGAUAUCUGCAACACUGCCGAGAAGUUCUUCUUCGUCAACGACUACCUGCACAAGGAGCUGGAGUCCCGUGGUCCCAACAACACCGUGCUCUACGCCCAGCGUUACUACCCUGAGGGAUACGUGCUCGGUGACCCCUUCCCAGUGCCCUCUGGAGGCCAGAACCCCCGCCCUCAGGGACUCCCUCAGCAGGCCCAGUAUGAGCCUCAGCCCCAGCCACAGGCCCCACCAAGGCAGGCCUUCCGUGGACAGGCCACCCCUCGCGGACCCCCAGCCCAGUUCCAACCCCAGCAGUUCCAGUCACAGGCACCUCCACAGUACAGCUCCCAGCAGCCCGCCGCAGCUCCCGCACAGUUUGGAGGAGCCCAGCCCAGCCGAGGAUCCAGUGGCAGCGGCUUUGGCUUUCCCCCAACACGCACCUACAUAAUCCCAGCUCCCAACAAGGCACCAGCAUCCGACGCAAACCCCUCCUACCUCUACCGCCAGGGUGCGGCCUCCAAUUCUGCCCAGUCCCAUCAGAGUUCGGUCAAGUACGAUGACGACUACUGAGAACCACAAGAACAGUCAAUGCAACCUGAAUGGAAGUGGCUUCUGAACCUCUCAUCGUUUCAUCACAAAGCUCCAGCCAUGGCUUCCUUUGUGUCACUGGCAAGAAAUAACCCAACAGGACAGUGCCGCAAGGGACCGCCCGGCACACAUUUUGCAACAUAUCAAGGUCCCAGUGCUUGCAAAGACAAGGACUCUACACUGUCUAGCCAGCAGCUUUUUCUUUGUGUG